GUCCUUCCCCGUGCCCUUCACGGUGUCCUGCCCUCGCCGGGCUGCGGCUGGAUUCGCGGCCGGCCCUGCGGCCCGCAGCGUCCGGUCGGGUAACUCGUUCGACUUUGGAGUUCUUUCAGUUCUAUCCAAAGAUUUUCAGUCCUACAGAGGCCAACAUGGAACACAGUAAACAGAUUCGAAUUUUGCUGCUGAACGAAAUGGAAAAGCUGGAGAAGACCCUCUUCAGACUUGAGCAAGGGUUUGAACUGCAGUUUCGAUUAGGCCCAACUUUACAGGGAAAAGCAGUUACUGUGUAUACAAAUUACCCAUUUCCUGGGGAAACAUUUAAUAGAGAAAAAUUCCGUUGCUUGGACUGGGAAAACCCAACAGCAAGAGAAGAUGACUCCGACAAAUACUGUAAGCUUAACCUGCAGCAGUCUGGAUCGUUUCAGUACUACUUCCUUCAGGGAACUGAGAAAAGUGGUGGAGGUUACAUAGUCGUAGAUCCUGUUUUACGUGUAGGGGCUGAUAAUCACGUGCUACCUUUGGACUGUGUUACUCUACAGACAUUUUUAGCUAAGUGUUUGGGACCCUUUGAUGAAUGGGAAAGCAGGCUUAGGGUUGCAAAAGAAGCAGGUUACAACAUGAUUCAUUUCACCCCACUGCAGACUCUUGGACUAUCCAGGUCAUGCUAUUCCCUUGCUGAUCAGUUAGAAUUAAAUCCUGACUUCUCAAGACCUAAUCAGAAGUGUACCUGGAAUGAUGUUGGACAGCUAGUAGAAAAACUGAAGAAAGAAUGGAAUAUUCUUUGUAUUACAGAUGUUGUCUACAAUCACACUGCUACGAAUAGUAAGUGGAUCCAUGAGCACCCAGAAUCUGCUUAUAACCUUGUGAAUUCUCCGCACUUGAAACCUGCCUGGGUCUUAGACAGAGCCUUGUGGCAUUUCUCCUGUGACAUUGCAGAUGGGAAGUACAGAGAAAAAGGAAUACCUGUGUUGAUUGAAAAUGAUCACCACAUGAAUUGCAUUCGGAAAAUAGUUUGGGAAGAAAUUUUUCCAAAAAUUCAACUCUGGGAAUUUUUUCAAGUUGAUGUUACCAAAGCAGUUGAGCAGUUUCGAAGACUUCUCACUCAAGAAAACUGGCAAGUAAGCAAGUCUGGUCCAAUUCAGCAUCUUACAAUUAUUCAGGAUCCUGAAUACAGACGGCUCAGCUGCACUGUAGACAUGAGCAUUGCUCUAGCGACCUUCAUACCACAUGACAAUGGGCCAGCUGCAAUUGAGGAGUGCUGUCAUGGGCUCCGGAGGAAAAUUGAGGAACUAAACUCUGAGAAGCAUCACCUCAUGAGCUGCCAUCAGGACCAGGCAGUCAAUUGCCUUUUGGGAAAUGUGUUUUAUGAACGACUGGCUGGCCAUGGUCCUAAGCUGGGACCUGUCACUAGAAAACAUCCUUUAGUUACCAGGUAUUUUACUUUCCCAUUUGGAGAAAUGCCCUUGUCCACAGAGGAGUCUAUAAUCCACCUCCCGGAUAAGGCUUGCUUCCUGAUGGCACACAAUGGGUGGGUGAUGGGAGAUGAUCCCCUUCGAAACUUUGCUGAACCAGGUUCAAAUGUUUACUUAAGGAGAGAACUCAUUUGCUGGGGCGACAGUGUUAAACUGCGCUAUGGGAGUAAACCAGAAGACUGUCCUUAUCUCUGGGCACACAUGAAGAAAUACACCGAAAUCACCGCAACCUACUUUCAGGGAGUGCGUCUGGAUAACUGCCACUCCACGCCACUGCACGUUGCUGAGUACAUGUUGGAUGCUGCUAGGAAAUUACAGCCCAACUUAUAUGUGGUAGCCGAGCUGUUCACGGGAAGUGAGGACCUGGACAAUGUCUUUGUUACUAGACUGGGCAUUAGUUCCUUAAUAAGAGAGGCCAUGAGUGCGUACAACAGCCACGAAGAGGGAAGACUAGUUUACCGAUAUGGAGGAGAACCUGUUGGAUCCUUUGUUCAGCCCUGUUUGAGACCUUUGAUGCCAGCUAUCGCACAUGCCCUGUUUAUGGACAUUACCCAUGAUAAUGAAUGUCCAAUUGUGCACAGAUCAACCUAUGAUGCUCUUCCAAGUUCCACGAUCGUUUCCAUGGCAUGCUGUGCCAGUGGAAGCACACGGGGCUAUGAUGAAUUAGUGCCUCACCAGAUAUCUGUGGUUGCUGAAGAACGGUUGUAUACCAAGUGGAACCCUGGAGCAUUGCCGUCUAAUACAGGCGACGUCAGCUUCCAGAGCGGGAUUAUUGCAGCCAGGCGUGCCAUCAAUAAACUUCAUCAGGAGCUUGGAGCCAAGGGUUUCAUUCAGGUGUAUGUGGAUCAGGUGGACGAAGACAUAGUGGCAGUAACGAGACACUGUCCAAGCACCCAUCAGUCUGUGGUGGCUGUAUCUCGAACUGCUUUCAGGAAUCCUAAAACUUCAUUUUACAGCAAGGAAGUACCUCAAAUGUGCAUCCCUGGCAAAAUUGAAGAAGUAGUUCUUGAAGCUAGAACUAUUGAGAGAAACACAAAGCCUUACAGGAAGGAUGAGAACUCAAUUAACGGAAUGCCGAACAUCACAGUAGAAGUUAGAGAACACAUACAGCUUAAUGAAAGUAAAGUUGUUAAACAAGCUGGAGUUGCCACAAAAGGGCCCAAUGAAUAUAUUCAAGAGAUAGAAUUUGAAAAUUUAUCUCCAGGAAGUGUCAUCAUAUUCAGAGUUAGCCUUGAUCCACAUGCACAAGUCGCUGUUGGGAUUCUUCGUAGUCAUCUGACACAGUUCAGUCCUCAUUUCAAAUCUGGGAGCCUUGCUGUUGACAACUCUGAUCCUAUACUUAAAGUCCCUUUUGCUUCUGUUGCCUCUAACUUAACCUUGGCUGAGCUAAAUCAGAUUCUUUACCGGUGUGAGUCAGAAGAACAAGAAGACGGUGGAGGCUGCUACGACAUACCCAACUGGUCACCACUUAAGUAUGCAGGUCUCCAGGGGUUAAUGUCCGUGUUGGCAGAAAUAAGACCAAAGAAUGACCUGGGGCAUCCAUUCUGUGAAAAUUUGAGAUCUGGAGAUUGGAUGAUUGACUAUGUCAGUGGCCGGCUUAUUUCACGAUCAGGAAAUAUUGCCCAAGUUGGCAAAUGGUUGCAGGCUAUGUUCUUCUACCUGAAACAAAUCCCACGAUAUCUAAUUCCCUGUUACUUUGAUGCUAUAUUAGUUGGUGCAUACACCACCCUUCUAGAUACGGCAUGGAAGCAGAUGUCAAGCUUUGUUCAGAAUGGCUCAACCUUUGUAAAGCACCUUUCAUUGGGAUCUGUCCAGAUGUGUGGAGUGGGAAGGUGCCCUUCUCUGCCACUUCUGUCACCCUCACUUUUGGAUGUGCCAUACCGGCUCAAUGAGGUCACAAAGGAGAAGGAGCAGUGCUGUGUCUCUGUAGCUGCAGGCUUACCUCACUUUUCUUCUGGUCUUUUCCGCUGCUGGGGAAGGGAUACUUUCAUUGCUCUGAGGGGAAUGCUGCUGGUCACUGGACGCUACUUAGAGGCCAGGAAUAUUAUCUUGGCCUUUGCGAGUACUUUGAGGCAUGGUCUUAUUCCCAAUCUCCUUGGUGAAGGAACUUACGCCAGAUACAAUUGCCGGGAUGCUGUGUGGUGGUGGCUGCAGUGUAUUCAAGACUAUGGCAAAAUGGUUCCGAAUGGUCUAGACAUCCUCAGGUGCCCAGUUUCCAGAAUGUACCCAACAGAUGAUUCUGCUCCCUUGCCUGCUGGCACACUGGAUCAACCAUUGUUCGAAGUUAUUCAGGAAGCUAUGCAAAGACACAUGCAAGGCAUUCAGUUCCGAGAGAGGAAUGCUGGGCCACAGAUAGACCGAAACAUGAAGGAUGAGGGUUUUAAUAUAACUGCAGGGAUUGAUGAAAAAACAGGGUUUGUUUAUGGAGGGAAUCGCUUAAAUUGUGGCACAUGGAUGGAUAAAAUGGGAGAAAGUGAUCGAGCUAGAAACAGAGGAAUUCCAGCCACUCCAAGAGAUGGAUCUGCUGUAGAAAUCGUGGGUCUGUGUAAAUCUACUGUCCGCUGGUUGUUAGAAUUAUCCAAAAAAAAUAUUUUCCCUUAUCAUGAAGUCAGAGUAAAAAGACAUGGGAAGGUUGUAACAGUCUCAUAUGAUGAAUGGAACAGAAAGAUCCAGGAUAACUUUGAAAAACUGUUUCACGUUUCAGAAGACCCUUCAGAUCCUAAUGAGGAGCAUCCAGACCUCGUGCACAAGCGAGGCAUAUACAAGGAUAGCUACAGAGCCUCGAGCCCGUGGUGUGACUAUCAGCUCAGGCCUAAUUUUACCAUAGCAAUGGUCGUGGCCCCUGAGCUCUUUACUGCAGAAAAAGCAUGGAAAGCUUUGGAAAUUGCAGAAAAGAAAUUGCUUGGUCCCCUUGGCAUGAAAACCUUAGAUCCAGAUGACAUGGUUUACUGUGGAGUAUAUGACAAUGCCUUAGACAAUGACAACUACAAUCUUGCUAGAGGCUUCAAUUACCACCAAGGACCUGAGUGGCUAUGGCCUAUUGGGUAUUUUCUUCGUGCAAAGUUAUACUUUUCCAAAGUGAUGGGUCCAGAAACUGCUGCAAAGACUAUGUUUUUAGUGAAAAAUGUUCUUUCUCGACAUUAUGCUCAUCUUGAGAGAUCCCCUUGGAAAGGACUUCCAGAACUGACCAAUGAAAAUGGCCAGUACUGUCCUUUCAGCUGUGAGACACAAGCAUGGUCAAUUGCUACUGUUCUUGAAACACUUUAUGAUCUCUAGCUGAGUUAUAGAUAUUUAACAAGUGUGUAAGGUCAUAGUAUUGUGUAAAUGCCUUACAUGAAGAGGCUCAAGUCAUUUAAAACUUAGUGGUAUAGCAUUGAUGGCCUGUUAGGUAAGAUAAAACAUUAGUUUUCUUUUUCUGUUUUCAUUGCACAACAGUAGUUUUCAAUUUGCUUCAGAAAGAAAAAUGAUCCUUAACAAUACAAUGCUUUUCUUUUGAGUUCAGUAAGUAUUCUUCAAAUGCAUAAAAAUGCAGAGUUAAAAAAGAAAAUGCAUAGCCAGGCAUGGUGCACAUCCUACCUCGAAAUAAAACAACAAAGAAAAGGCAUGAGCUGGAGAGAUUGCUUAGCAGUUAAGGCACUUGACUACAAAACCAAA